GCUCAGUGUCCACAGAGUUAUUAGAAGAAUGAUAAAGAGAUACCCACACUGUGGGCUUAAUGCUUCUGCUAAUGCCUGGGUCUAGGAGAAGACAGAGCCUCAUUCAGACUCCUUUCUAAACAACUCAACCUGGCAGUGACUCAGGCAUCCCCCGAAGAAACAGCCUCUUAAUGAGUGACAAAGAAGAACAACCAGACACUUCCUUAGACGUUGAGACCUAUGGUAACCCAAGGACAUUUGAUCCUAACUUCAAGGGGCCUAUUGCCAAAAGGAAUUGUACAGAUGUCCUGUGCUGUAUCAUCUUCGUACUGUUUAUCAUUGCCUACAUUCUUUUAGGACUCGUGGCCUGGGUACAUGGAGACCCCAGGAGAGUGGCCUACCCUACAGACAGCAAGGGUCACUUUUGUGGCCAGAAGGGCACCCCCAAUGAGAACAAGACCAUUUUGUUUUACUUUAACUUGUUCAGCUGUACCAGUCCUUCUGUGGUGGUAAACCUACAGUGCCCUACUACACAGAUCUGUGUCUCCAAGUGCCCAGAAAAGUUUCUAACCUACAUGGAAAUACAAUUUUCAUACAGAACAAACAAACACUAUUGGACAUACUACAGCCAAUUCUGCAAAUCCCCUUUUGUUAAGCCUGUGAAGACUCUCUCACAAGUCUUACUGGAUGAUGAUUGUCCAACAGCAAUUUUUCCAAGCAAACCAUUUCUCCAGAGAUGUUUCCCUGACUUCACUACUAAAAAUGGCACUUUGACAGUAGGAAAUAAAACAACAUUUGAAGAUGGAAGUGGAAAAACAAGAAAUGCUAUAGAACUCAGGACAGCUGCAAAUCGUGUCAAUAAAAUCCUUGAUGCAAGGGCAAUUGGAAUGAAAGUAUUUGAAGACUAUGCAACAACUUGGUAUUGGAUUCUCAUUGGCCUGACUAUCGCCAUGCUCCUCAGUUGGAUGUUUGUGAUACUCCUGAGGUUCAUAGCUGGAUUCCUUUUCUGGGUCUUCAUGGCGGGUGUGAUUGGAAUUAUAGGUUACGGAAUAUGGUACUGUUACCAGGAAUAUAGCAAUCUUCAGGGACGGCCAAAUUCUCACUUAAGUAUAUAUGACAUUGGGAUUCAGACUGAUAUAAGCAUGUACUUCCAACUGAAACAAACGUGGUUCGCAUUUAUGAUAAUACUCUGCCUUCUUGAAGUGUUUAUCAUCCUCAUGCUGAUCUUCCUCAGGGGACGAAUCUGCAUCUCCAUUGCCCUGCUGAAGGAAGGAAGCAAAGCCAUUGGAUACCUCCCUACUACAUUAAUUUAUCCAGUUUUAACUUUCAUUUUCCUCUUUAUCUGUAUUGCCUACUGGGCAGUGACAGCAAUUUACUUGGCUACAUCAGGGGUACCUAUAUACAAAGUCAUAUCCCCAGAAAGGACAUGUGAACAUGAAAAUACAACCUGUGACCCAGAGAUUUUUAAUACAACUGAAAUUGCCAAAGCUUGCCCUGGGGCUCAGUGUAACUUUGCUUUCUAUGGUGGAAAGAGCCUGUACCAUCAGUAUGUCCCUACCUUCCAGAUUUUCAAUCUAUUUGUCUUUCUCUGGCUUAUAAACUUUGUCAUUGCACUGGGUCAGUGUGCCCUUGCUGGUGCCUUUGCUUCUUAUUACUGGGCCUUGAAAAAACCUGAUGACAUCCCACCAUAUCCACUUUUUACUGCAUUUGGGCGAGCCAUACGUUAUCACACAGGAUCCCUAGCAUUUGGAUCUUUAAUCCUGGCAUUAGUUCAAAUGUUUAAAUUCAUCCUAGAAUACUUGGACCGCCGUCUGAAAGAGGCCCAGAACAACGUUUGUAAAUUUCUACAGUGCUGCCUAAAAUGCUGUUUCUGGUGUUUGGAAAGAAUGGUAAAGUUUUUUAACAGAAAUGCCUAUGUUAUGAUUGCAAUAUAUGGCAAAAACUUCUGCAGGUCAGCAAGAGAUGCUUUCAAUCUGCUGAUGAGAAAUGUUUUAAAAGUUGCAGUUAUGGAUAAAGUUACAGACUUUGUACUAAUCCUGGGGAAAAUUCUAGUUGCUGGAUGUAUAGGUGUGCUGGCCUUUUUACUCUUCACACACAGAUUGCCAACGAUGAUAGAAGGACCGACAUCUUUAAAUUACUACUGGGUACCUUUGCUGACUGUCAUUAUUGGAUCUUACCUAGUUGCCCAUGGAUUCUUCAGCGUCUAUGCAAUGUGUAUUGAUACAAUUUUCAUCUGCUUCUGUGAAGAUCUGGAAAGAAAUGAUGGAUCCAGAGAAAAACCCUACUACAUAGCCCCUACCCUGCACGGAACUCUGAACAAGAUGCAACUAGUUCCCCAGAAGCAGAAAGAGUAGAAAAGCUCCAAACAGUGACAUUCAUUUUUUAAAUAGAACUUUUGUAAAUUAGAUCAUUUGUAACUUGAAAAUGAUGCUUUUGAGUAAUGUGACAUUUCUGAGCUUAUUCCUGAAAAGCCAGAACGUGGUACCACCUGAGGUGACAAGCAUUUGAUGACAGUAGCCUCUGUGAACUAGGAUACUUUAUAGACUGUGGUCCCAGCUGAAAAGCAAGGUGUAAAUGUCAAACAUUUUUAAAGCCUAUAGCCAAAAGUGUUUUAAAUGAGACGUUUAUAACUCAGAGUGCUGUUUCCCACUGAAGCACUUUGCUCGCCUUUCUUUUUAUAAAUGUAUAUUUGUAAAGGGUAUUCAGGCAAUUUUUGAAAGCACUAUAAAUGUAUAGUCAAUUAGCC